AUUCCAUCCUUCAAAUUACUCUCUGAUCAAAGACAAAACAACCUUCUCUUCUUUCCUUCUUUUUCACCAAUCAAUAUGGUUGCAGGAUCCGUCGUCGAGGAGUGCAAGUCGACGGUAGCCCUCGGCAGGCUAUGGAAGGCUGGCAUCCUUGAUGUGCACAACUUGAUGCCAAGACUCGCACCUGAACACAUCUCAAGUGUAGAGAUUGGUGGUGGUGAUGGCGGAGUCGGCACCAUCAAGAAAUUUAACUUCACCGACGCUGUGAAGUUGCCGGCCAACUUUGUGAAGGACCGGGUGGACGUGCUGGACAACGAGAAGCAUGUGUUCAAGUACUCUGUCGUCGAAGGAGGGCUUCUUGGCGUGAGACUGAAGUCGUACUCGUUCGACCAUAAGUUUGAGGCUGCCAGCGAUGGCAGCACCGUCGGGAAGGUCAUUCUAGAGUAUGAAACCCUCGACGACACUGAUCUCAGCGAAGAGGAGAAGGGCCUGCUCAUGGGUGCAGUGCUGGGGAUGAUGAAGGCUGUGGAAGGAUUUUUGCUUGCAAACCCUGACGCAUAUGCCUAAGGCUCUCGGACUGCAUGCAGAGGACUGAGUCAUGGUAGCUGGCCAUGCUUUCAGUGUUUGCUUUGAGUGUGCUUUUAUUGGGAGGAUUGUGAGUGCUUUGUCUUGAAAGAAGUCGAGAAUAAGUGGUGAUAUCUUGAUGCGAUGUCUCAAGAAGGGCGCGGCUCCCUUGUUUCAUCUCUUAUUCCUCUCGGAUGUGCUUGUUUUUCUCAUCUCAAAUGAAUAAUGUGUGGUUUACAUUUCAGAA